AUGGCUCCUUUUGAUGACAAAAGAAAUGACUUGGACGCGUAUCCGCAACGAUUGGAGCGGAUAGCUCUGGGGCAAGACCAAGCUGCAUGCGUUGCCCACUCUCGGGCAGAACUUGUCACCUCACCUGAAGUUCCACCGCGGAAAGGAGAGCAAACCCCGCUUGGAAAUGAGGUGGUGAGUCGAGCACCCGAGUCAAAAGAAGCAAUGCAGGUGUGUGGUGGGGCAGUCAGUUUCUCGUCGGCAGUGGAGACAAGAGCUCAAGUGACAGGCAGAGCAACGCAGCGUUUGGAAAGAAAGAAAGUUGGUAAGGAGAAGAAGUCCAAAGACAAGAAGAGCAAGAGCAAAGAUAAGUCCAAAGAGAAGAGCAAGAGCAAAGACGAGUCCAAAUACAAGAAGAGCAAGAGCAAAGACAAGAAACGCAAAGGCAAGGAUAGUAGAGAGAAGAAGAAAAAGAAUGGUUUCUGGCCUUGGCUAAGCAGCAAAAGCAGCAAGAGCACCAAAGAGAAAGGGGCAAGCAAGCGCAAGUCCAAGAAGGCCGAGAAAGGCUCCUCUACGGAAGGCAGCUCGAGAUCCAGAAGCAAAGAGAAGACUGGCAAGGCCAAGUCCAGCAAGGAGAAGGUGGGCAAAGGAAGCAAGAAGGCGGACAAAGGCAGUAAGGAGAAGGCGAGCAAGAAGCGGGGCUCCAAGAGGCACAGCAAGGAAAAGAGCAGCAAGCAGAAAGACAACAAGGAUAAGCAAAGUAAAGGAAAGCAACAAAGCAAGGAGAAAAACAAGGAUAAGCACGGAAGCAAAGAAAAGCAUAGCAAAGAGAAGCGGAGUAAGGAGUCCAGUAAAUCCAGUUUGGCCGUGCAAGAAUACUCAUUUCAGGUGGAAUAUAUUAAAGGCGGGUAUAACGUUGGGGCGGACUUCAUGAGUAGAGCCACCUGA